CGACGCAAAAGUCCAAUCCAUUCCAUUGACAAAAUUACAAGAAUACUGAGGAAACCAGCAAAUUUGACUUUGGUCUUCUGCUAUAAUAUCAUAUAUCAUGUUUAAUUUCUACCUCAAUUCAGAAUAAAUCACAAACCAGAACCAUGAAUCCCAAAAAAUGGGUCUUCAUUUUAAUUCUCCCAUUUCUUUUCUUCAGAUUUUGCACUUCCAUUGACACCAUAACUCCAACCCAACCCAUCAGAGACGGCAACCUUGUAGUGUCCAGCGGUGAAACCUUCGCACUUGGGUUUUUCAGUCCAGGAAAUUCUAGUCAAAGGUAUGUUGGAAUAUGGUAUAACAAGAUUUCAGAACGAACCGUUGUUUGGGUAGCCAAUAGGGAUGACCCAAUCAACGGAACCACAGGAGUUCUAUCCUUCAACCAGAAUGGAAACCUUGAAAUCUACGACAAUACCCGAAAUCUUCCCGUGUGGGACACAAAUAUAACUGCGGGUUCUUAUUCAGCUCGGCUCUUGGAUUCAGGGAAUUUGGUGUUGUUCCAAGGAGAUAGUGGGAGUGGUGGUGUUGUUUGGCAAAGUUUUGAUCAUCCAACGAAUACCAUGCUGCCAAACAUGAAGCUUGGGUUGGACCGCACGACCGGUCGCGAAUGGUUUCUCACAACAUGGAAGUCGAGAGAUGACCCUGGUACCGGGGAAUACUCCUAUAGGGUUGAACCCAAUGAGUUGCCCCAAUUAAUAAUGUUGAAGGGCUCAACCCGAGUUUGGCGGAUUUCCCCAUGGUUAGCACGCCAUUCAAGUGAUAAGCCUGAGGUCACGCCAAGUUUUUUAUUCAACGGCACUUACGUUAAUAAUCGCGACGAAGUGUAUACGUUCUACACCCUGAUCAACACGUCGAACGUGUCGACACUGUUCGUGGAUGAAUUGGGUUCUUUAAAAAUGGUGACAUGGGUUGGCAGAUGGGUUGAGUUCUACUCGGUCCCUAAAGACCAAUGCGAUUAUUAUGGCCGGUGUGGUGUGUACGGUUAUUGCGACUCGAACAACGGGCGAGAGUUCGAGUGCACGUGCCUUCCGGGAUAUGAACCCAGGUCAGCAGAGGAGUGGUACCUUCGGGAUGCAUCGGGUGGGUGCAUCAAGAAGCACGAGGCACUUUCUAUGUGUGGAAACGGAGAAGGAUUUGUGAAGGUUGCGAAUGUUAAGAUUCCAGAUACAUCCAAGGCACAUGUGCAGAUGAGCCUGAGCGUGCAAGAGUGCAAGGAGGAGUGCUUGGGAAAUUGUUCUUGCUUGGCUUUCACGAAUGAAGCAAAAGGAGCAGCAAUGGCAAAUUGUUUCACCUGGCAUGAAAAUUUGAUGGAUGUGAGAAGGUUUCCUAACGGGGGAAUGGACUUGUAUGUACGGGUUGACGCGGUCGAAUUAGCACAACAUAUGGAAUCUAGAAGACUAAACGGAAAGAUGGUGGCUGUGGUGGUGACAUCUGUUGUCUUGACAUCAGUCCUAAUUAUCACCUUAGUUUGUUGGUUGGUGAUGAAGAAGCGAAGAAGAGGGAAAGACAUUCAAGAAAGUGAUGAUGAGAACGUAGAAUUGCCCAUCUUUGAUAUGGUCACCAUUGCAGGGGCUACUAACAACUUUUCUGAAACAAAUAAAAUUGGAGAGGGGGGUUUUGGGUCUGUUUACAAGGGGCAUCUAUCAACUGGAAAAGAUAUAGCUGUCAAGCGGCUUUCGACUGACUCUAAACAAGGUCUUAAGGAAUUCAAAAAUGAGGUCAUUUUGAUUGCCAACAGGGACGACCAAAUCAACAGAACCACAGGAGUUCUAUCCCUCAACCAGAAUGGAAACCUUGAAAUCUACGAAAAUACCCGAAAUCUUACCAUGUGGCACACAAAUAUAACUGCCGGUUCUUAUUCAGCUCAGCUCUUGGAUUCAGGGAAUUUGGUGUUGUUCCAAGGAGAUAGUGGGAGUGGUGGUGGUGUUUGGCAAAGUUUUGAUCAUCCAACGAAUACCCAGCUCCCAAACAUGAAGCUUGGGUUGGACAGGAAGACCGGUCUCAAACGGCUACUCACAACGUGGAAGUCGAGAGAUGACCCUGGAAUGGGAGAAUACUCCUAUUGGGUGGAACCGAGUGAGUUGCCCCAAUUAGUAAUGUUCAAGGGUUCAACCCGAGUCUGGCGGAUGCCAUCAUGGUUAGCACCCAAAAAUUGGGUCUUCAAUGGAACUUACUUUAACAAUCGCGAUGAAGUCUCCAUGUUCUACACCCUGAUCAAAGCAUCAAAAGUGUCGACACUAUUCGUGGAUGAAUUGGGUUCUUUAAAAAUGGUGACGUGGGUUGGCAGAUGGGUUGAUUACUAUUCGUGCCCUCAAGACAAUUGCAAUGAUUAUGGCCGGUGUGGCGUGUAUGGUUAUUGUGACUCAAACAAUGGGGGAGAGUUUGAGUGCACGUGCCUUCCCGGAUACGAGCCCAGGUCAACCGAGGAGUGGUACCUCCGGGAUGCAUCGGGCGGGUGCAUCAAGAAGCGCGAUGCACUUUCUAUGUGUGGAAAUGGAGAAGGAUUUGUGAAGGUUGCGAAUGCAAAGAUUCCGGAUAUGUCCAAGGCACGUGUGUGGAUGAGUCUGAGUGUGCAUGAGUGCCAGGACGAGUGCUUGAGAAAAUGUACUUGCUUGGCUUACGCAAGUGAAGCAGAAGGAGGAAGGAGGGCAAACUGUAUCACUUGGUAUGAAAAUUUGAUGGAUGUAAGAAGAAUUCCUAAUGGGGGGAAUAGACUUUUAUGUACGGGUUGAUGCAGUUGAAUUAGGUAUGUCAUGUGGUAAAUUUAGUAUAGUUGGUUUAGUCGUUCCUUAUCUCACACGGGGUGCACCAGCUAGGACAACAAAGAUGGUGCUACUAGUCCAGGCCACCAAUUGGAGCACAGUUUGCUAUUCCUGUCCUAAUACCAAUUAUGCAAUUACUUAAAAAAAAUCAAAACCGCACCAUUCUAAUUUUGCAGAUUCUCUAUUCGAAUUCUGGUAAAAUGGCAUUCUGCAUUUAGUAACACUGUUCUGCAAUUGAAGGCCUGAGCUAUUUAACUCAGUGCAAAAAUAAAUGGGACUAUGAAGGAAUAUAGCGCAAACUUAACUAUCAGAGGCAACAAAGGUAGUCUAACUGAAAGAUUUUUCUGUAACAUUGUAAGAAUCUAAAAUCAACCAUAGCAUUAUGAUUUAUGCAAAAUGAGUAUGAUAAAAGUUUGUGAUUUGAUGAUCAUCAAUGUCCAAUCUUUUUGAUUUAUUCAGCUCAACAUAAGGACUCUCGAAGACUAAACAGAAAGAUGGUGUCCAUUGUGGUAACAUCUGUUGUCUUGACAUCAAUCCUAAUUAUCACCGUAGUUUAUUGGUUGGUGAUGAAGAAGCGAAGAAGAGGGAUAGACAUACAAGAAAGUGAUGAAGAAAAUGUAGAAUUGCCCAUCUUUGAUAUGGUCACCAUUGCAGGGGCAACUAACAACUUUUCUGAUACAAAUAAAAUUGGAGAGGGGGGAUUCGGCUUUGUUUACAAGGUAAUUUUGUCUUUUGAUUGAAUCCAUAAAAACCUAGACGAUAAAUGUUCUCUAAAAAAGAGCUAAAAGCCGGAGACUUACGAAGUAGCUGUGAUGAAAAUGACACUUGUGUGUUGACUAACACAGGGGCAUCUAUCAAAUGGAAAAGACAUAGCUGUUAAGCAACUUUCGACGAAAUCCAAACAAGGUCUUAAGGAAUUCAAAAACAAGGUUAUUUUGAUCGCCAAACUUCAACACCGUAAUCUAGUUAGGCUUUUGGGCUAUUGCAUCUGUGGAGAAGAACGAAUGCUAGUUUACCAAUACAUGCCUAACGGAAGCUUGGAUUCCUUCAUUUUUGGUUUGCCCAAUAAACCUUUUUUUCUUUUUUGUCUUCCUAGAGAUUCAUACUUGAUUGAUGGGAAAGCAUAUGUAUUUUUAACCCAAGUUUUUCCGAUUAUAUGACCCAGAAAAUAAACUAACAAAAAGUGUCAUGUCUUCCAUUGAGUCACAGAAAUAACAUGAAGCAAAUUGCUUACAUGGAGUAGGCGACUAGAUAUCAUUGUUGGGAUUGCUCGAGGGGUUCUUUAUCUUCAUCAAGAUUCGAGAUUGAGAGUCAUUCAUAGGGAUCUUAAAGCCAGCAAUGUGCUACUUGAUAGUGAGAUGAAUCCUAAAAUUUCAGAUUUUGGCUUGGCUAGGGCUUUUGGAGGUGAUCAGUCAUCGGCAAAAACAAAAAGGGUGGUUGGAACUUAGCAUGUGAUCUUAGUCAUGU